GCUGUGGUACGUGCUACGAAGAAGCCAGAGAGUGCGUCUCCUUAGAGGAGCACACAGCUGACACGGGUCAAGAUGUAAGCUGUCAAGGCGCGGAGAUGACGCGCUAGAGAAGAACAGUUCCAGGCUGAGAGAGGGGGGGGGGAGAGAGAGAGAGAGAGAGAGAGAGAGAGAGAGUGAGUGAGUGAGCGAGCGUGGGGGGUUGGUGAGGGGAGCAGUGGGUAGAAAAGAGAGUAAACGGACGAAAGUGAGAGCGAGAGCAAAAGAGGAAACGAAACAGAGAGAGAGAGAGAGAGAGAGAGAGAGAGAGAGAAUCAGAUCUGACAUACCGAGUACACGACAUUACACGAGGGGAAAAUACAGACAGAAAUGGAGUAGCUGAAAAAGGGGAUCGAUCGGUUGGCCAAUAGCUGUGACAAUGGAGGACAUCGGACUAAGUAUCAUCGUGAUCUGAGUGUUUAAAAAUGGCGUCAGGUUUGCCGAAUGUUCAUCAAAAGAAACUUGGACCAGCGCCGAUAGCAUCCUUCGAGGACUUGUCUGAGGAAGUUGAAAACGGAGAAUCGGCGGCGGCGGCGGCGGUAGCGGCAGGGCGAAUGCCGGGUAUCGUCGAAGUCACCACGCCGGCAACGCCUGGUAGUUCGCUCAAAACACCUAGCACGCCGCGAAUUGAUAUCAGUAGAGCAAGCAGUUCUUCGCAUCAUGAGGAUAGUAAUUCCAGGGACUCGUCACCUGAACGGGAGCUUCUCGCAGGUGCGGAUCCUCCAUCCGGUUGCAAGCUGACUCUGGGUUAUAAGGAAGACGCUCAAGAUCUGAGAUCUUCUACGGAGGAGCUGGAUUUACAGGAUCCCAUCCACGAACAGGAUCUCAAACGGGAGUCCAAAAGGCGAAAGCGAAAAGAGACCGAUGGAUCCCAAUCGGAUUACAGCGGCAAGCAACUAGGUCAGGAUCGUGAACGCAAGGACAGUAACUGCUCGGAGAUAUGUUUGCUCAACAUCAGCGGUAGAACAUCUAGGUUAUCGUCGGUUGGUAGUCAAGGCUCCGGUGUCUCGGGGAAGCUCUCGGUUAUGUCAGCGACUUCCUCCAGAUCUCCCAGUCCUCACAAGUGUCUACUAGAGACGUCGUUCUGCGGAAGCAAGCCGACGUUGGCUGACAAUCUGAUAGAACCGUCGAAACCGGAAACCGAUGAUCUCGAGAAAAUACUCUUGAAGCGGGAGGCCGAUACUACGAAGGCGUUGAUUCCCGAGAGUAUUAAAGUGCCUAUGGUGGGUGGCAAUCUGAAGCCGGAUCCGUUGGAUAAGCCCAGAAGACGCGGUCGCGAGGAGCGGAAGGAAAUCUUCAAACGAGAAGUGGAAAUUACCAAAAGAUUUUUGGAGAAAGUUAAUAUAGAGGUUCCGAUCAUCAAAAAGUCGGGUCAACAACAAGGAUCGAUACUGCAACAACAGCAUCAACAGCAGAAACAACAACAGCAGCAGCAAUAUCAAUCAAAGAUUCAAAUACAAGAAGUUCAGAAACCCGCGACACUCGAUUUUAAUGACAAAAGAAAAAAAGCUCAAAACUUUAAGGAGAUUGUUCAGACAACGCCUACGACAAGUAGUCUUACCGGAAGUCCCAAAUUGCCGAGACAUCAAAAAGUUCGUGAUUUGGAAGGCUCGCGAACACCCAGUCCAUCGUCCGUAUCUAGAAAAAGUAGUUUUGCUUCAUUAUUUAAGACAAGAGCCGACGGUAACGUAUUGAGCCCAGAAUCACCGUCACCUAGCACAAAGCCACGACGGAGUCUAACGUCGAAAUUGAAGGACACUACGGAGAGUUUGAGAAGUCGUUCAAAAUCACGCGAAAGAGUUUCUGUCGACAAGGGUUCAAUCUUGAAAAAAGAUUCAAAGAAUAAAGGGGUGUUUUCGUCUACGCUGAGUUUGUUUAAGAAACGCGAGAGGAAGAAGAGCUACGAUGAGGCAAUCGCAGCUUCAUGUGAUCUUGAAGUCGCUAGUGGAGAUGAACACCCGUCUCUAGAGAGCAUCGGUCACGUGGAGUUUACGUUUAAUAUGGAAAAGGAAAAGAAUCAUCAGGAUAAUUCGAUCUUUAUUAGUUUGCAUGCCGAUGACAGAAACUACGAGGAAGCCUUGCCAUCAGAGAGUGUCUCGAUACCGUUGGAAACACCGACCAAACUACUGGAUGAGUACGAAUCUGAGGGACCGCAUACGGGUAGCAUAAUCACAGAGGUGUCAAUUGAGCAUCAUCCGUCGUCAAUUGCCAAGAUUAGGACCGAGGCGCAGAUUGAGACGAUUACGGUGACGCAGAUUGCAUCCAGAAGUUCGUCCAGAGAUAGCCAGCUGUCGCAGAGCGAGCCAAAAGAUUCGUAUACACUAAAAAGUUCGUUGAGGGACUCAAAGAUUAACGCGCAGGCUAAUAAAAUAGUCGGAAUGCCAUCAGCCAAGUCAUCGACUACGGUUAAACCAGAUAUUAAACUAGCGAUUACAUCGGAAAUUAAAUCGACAGACUUACGAACGUUGUCUGGUGGCUUGUCGAGAGAGUCUACCGGCAAAAAACCGGACAUAACAAAGCCGAAGAGAAAAAGCAAAGAGAAUCAGCAGCAGCAACCAGAACUAUCCGAAAGGAUAAGCGACGAUGUAGCGAUGCAGCAGAAAAGAGUAAGCUCGGGCGAGCCUUCUCGAGCUGCUCAAGAAACUAAAAGACUCGAUUACCUCGAUGAUAAAAUUGGCAAAUCGUUGGAACAGGAAGGUCUAGUAAAAGCGCCUAGUGUGAUAUCCGAUCUGGAUCAUAACAGCUCCGAAUCCGAAAGAGAUUCGGAGAUUGAGUUUAUUCGCAAUAAGGUCGAGAAAUUGACCGAGGAGCUACCGGACGAGCGAAAAGGUCUCUUCUAUGAGGAGAGUUUUGAGGAGGAUCUUCCAUAUGUACCGACGACCCUGCCAUUAGAAAAGAGCGUAGCUGUACCCAUUCUACCGGUUAAACAACGACUUCAGGAAGUAAGAACAAUUCCAAUCGAGAGACCGCGCUCAACGACACCAAUAAACCCGACCUUGUUGGACGAGUUUGUAAUGCAGACAUCGCUGGAUGAGAGGCGUGUCGAGCGAAUGAAAAUAUCUCUGCCGCGAGAGGAUAGCUUCAAGUUGAAGAGUCCGCGUCGGCAAUACACCAGUACAGCGAAUACGUUUACAGAAUUUGCGGGCAAGGUGCCGCCGGAUGGCGGUCGCAAAGGCGCUACUAAUCAAGGGAAAUCACCUAGUCCACCUCCACUGCCACCGAGAGCAUCAACAGCAGCAUCAACAGCGGCAACGGCGGCAGCAGCAACGGCAACAGCAGCAACAGUAUCAUCAUCAUCAUCAUCAUCAUCAUCAUCAUUAUUAUUAUCAUCAUCAGCAACAUCAGCGACAGCAGUGCGGCUGAGCAACUGGAUCAACUUCGAAGAGAUACCAGAGAAGCGAAAAGCACCGAAACGGAUACAAACGAUACCGCGGCCAGAGGAUGAGAUCGCAAAGACUGUCAGCGGUGGUUACAACUACGUACAACCGGAAGAGUGCAAGUGCGAGUGCCACGAGGAAUCUAGGCGAGCGUCCAUGCGGGAGACAGCGGCGGUGGCAACGGUUACGGCUGUUGCCACAGCUGCCACCGGCAGUACCAGUACCAGAACUUCCUCUUGCAGCAGUAACGGCGAGCGACCGUGCAAUGGCGAAAACUGUACGGUGCCUACAGUUGGCGGUGGUAGUUCGGUCGAUCGUGCCAGUAUCGUCAGUGACAGUUCGCUGGAGUGCUCGCUGAGUCUCGACGACAGUCAAAGCACGCAGGUGCUUCUCGGCAACUCGACGAAACCCUUCGCAAUGGAUCUCGACGUGCGUUCCAACAGGUCGAGCAUCAUAUCGCAGGAGGAAAACGACGAGAAUCAGCACCAAUAAUAAUUAAUAUGACAAUUGUAAUAUAGUAAUACGUACUCGUAUAGAGCGCACUUAUGCCUUAGAAUCUUUGGAUUUUUCUUUUCUACGUGUGGAAAGAUUAAUCCGAAUUCUUCUGCGACGAGUUAAAGGACGAUUCGAUUCCGAAAGAGAUGUGCGCCAUCGUCGCGUUUUCUCGUCGCAUUUUUUUUUUCUGUAAGAAAAGUUUUCAAAACCGGGAACCUUAUUAAAUGAUGUCGGAAUCGGUUCUCCGCUUUUUGGUAGGUCGUAGCAGGCGCGCGAUCAAACUUCCGAUAGUUGAAAGUACAUACAUAUGUAUGUAUUACGUAUGUACCUACAUUGCUGCGCGCUCGUGUCUUCGAAAUCGAAUUUCGAUAUGUCUUACGUCUUCGGCGUCACGCAAUUGUUUAUCUGUACAACAACAUACGCCAAUCGGACCAUUUUCGUAUUUAUAAUCGCACCGCGUCAGAUUUACACACAUCACUGUUAAUAUACACUUUCGCAUGAUACUUUCGCGAUAGAAUUAUGUAUCACUGCAGCAAUAUAUCGCGAGUUCUUUCUUUUCCUUUUUCGUUCUUAAUUUUCCUUUGGUUGGCGUUAGUCAAAGUUGCGCACACAUUAUGAUUCAUUACGAUCGAUUAAUUAUUAUACGAUUUCCUAAUUGAAAAGUUUAUUUCUUUAUAUCGUUGAAAGUUGAAACCAUAUGUAAGAGAACGAAAUGGAGAGUAUCGCAUGUCACAAGUUCUUUUCCAAAUAUACAUUUAAGAAUUUUUGUAGAAAAACCGCGGUCAGACGAAAUUUCUUAUUCCUUCUAUUGUGUCUGCACCUUAAUUUAAAGUUUAUCAUACGCAUGCACAUACGCGGUGAUAUUUUGUUAGAGGCACCCAGGAUGGUGGCUCGCUAAUGUUUCUCUACUAAUCAAUCACUAGUUUUCUUUGAUGAGAGAUUCGCACCGCGUCGGGAAAUAUCGGUAAAAUGCUCGGGCAUCGCUCGUAUCUCGUUUUCUUCCUGGAAAAAAGAUAGAAAAAGUAAAAUAAUGCGUGCACGCGCACGCGCACAUACACACUGAGUGACACAAGUCGAC